UCUCAAUAGACAGCAGGCCAGCCCAGGCAUUCCCGCAGCAGCCAGAGAACAGCAAAAGCUUCUCCUAAUACAGCAUUAAUCUCAGGAGUGAAGUACACAGUGACAUUGGGAUUCUGAACUUUUACUCAUCAUGGGGAAGAAGCUGGACUUGUCCAAGCUAAGCGAAGAUGAAGCGAAACAUGUCUGGGAUGUGGUUCAGAGAGACAUAAACCUGCGCAAAAAGGAGGAGGAGAGAAUUGAGGACCUGAAGGAAAAGGUAGAAAAGGAAAGCAGCAAGAGAGAACUUCUCUCCAACCAGAGCCACCUGAAUGAGACUCACUGCAUGCACUGCCUGCAACCCUUCCAGUUCCUCAUCAACAGCAAGCGCCAGUGCAAAGACUGUCAGUUUCAUGUCUGCAAGAACUGUAGCCGCUACAACAAAAAGGAGCUUGGCUGGGUGUGUGACACAUGCAGAGCGGACCGGUUGGUGAAGGUUGGAUCACUGGAUUGGUAUUAUGAUCAUGUCCGAUCCCGUUUCAAACGUUUUGGCAGCGCUAAGGUAAUGCGCUCCCUUUACAUGAGGCAGCAGUUGGACGCAAGAGGAGCAUCAGGUCUUCAGAACAAGGUAUACAGCUUGCCAGAUAUCAAUAGAGAAUAUCUGCGCCAGGCUCGAGCUGGGAUGUUCCAUGAUGAGGAUGAGGACUUCAUAGACAGUGCUGAAGCUCAACGCUACAAUAUGAUGUGCAAGACCAAGCGUAAGCUCUCUGUUCAUCCCUAUGAUUUUGAUAUGGAUUCUGAGUAUUCCACUCAAUCCCGCAGACAAUCCAUGCAGCUCUCGCCAACUCUAGAACAGGAUGUUUUCCAGUCAUUCUCUGAGCGCCCCAGCGCUGCUGGAAGAGAAGUGACAUCACAGAAGGAGUCUUUAAUUGCUGAAGCUGAUCUUGCAUCCAUGUUCCACCACAUCCUCCAAGAGCAAGGGCCGAAUGCUGCCUCACCCGAGAAAGAGUUCAGUACUGAAGUCCGACUAACUGUCAACUCUCGACGCCUUAGCCUUGAAAACACCAGGAGGCCAAAACUUCCCUUCCUAACAGAAUCCCAAAUAAGCAACACUUUCCCUGACCCUCAACUAACUCGCACCCGCUAUCUCCCUAAAGGCAGCCCCUCCCUUGCACCCAAGGGGUCACAGUACUCUGGAGACAUGGACACCUCAGAAGAAGAAGGGGGAGCUAUUGCUAAAGCUCCUCCUCGGAGGCGAAGCAGAGCUUCAUCUCAAGAGAACGUGCAUGCAGGUGGUCAGAUCUCUAAUUUGAACAAGCGUAUGUCAGCAAUUGAGCGGAUGUUAAACCGUCUAGAGGAGAGACUGUCAGUAAAUUCAGAUGAGUCUGCAGGCCCUGGAGCGCUUACUGAUGCCGACAUUGAAGAGGAGACGCUAAAAAGGAAGUUAGGUGAACUUGCCAGCAACAUCAGUGACAAAGGAGGGUCUUCAGAUGAAGAGAAGAUCCCCAAAUCCAAGUUUUCUAAUAAGGAACAGACUUCUGAGGCCCAGAAGGUUUACAUGGCAGCAGAAAAAGCAUACACGUUGGAUAAGAAUCUGCGAGACCUAGAGGAGCGUGCCCAUCAGAGUGGUACCACUGACUCUGAACUGUCAGAGUUGGAGGUCAGUGUUGCAUCAGCAAUCGCACAAGUUCAGCAGACAGAAAGUGAGGUGUCAGACAUUGAAUCGAGAAUAGCAGCUCUGAGUGCAGCAGGACUAACUGUCUCCCCUGUAGACAAAGACAAAAGAAGAUCAAGUUCCCGAGUUUUUGCUCCUGCCAUUUCCCGGAGUACAGAGCCAUUCCAGGAAUCUUCUCCUGAUAUGUACAGCAUGUCAACCCCUAGAGAUGCCAAGAUCCUAGCCAUGCAGCAGGCUCUCAGGAAGAAGUUUAACAUUGACCCAGAUGCCAUAGAAUUACCAGUUGAAAAAAGUGCAUUGUACCGCGGUUCUUUGACCCAGCGUAAUCCAAAUGGGAAGACCAGGAAGGCAGACCGCAUCUUUUCUAAACCCAUUGUGAGAUGAAGCACUGAUUCCUGCUUUUGUUUUCCACGCCUACAGUCAACUGCCUAUUAAUACUGCCAUAUAUAUAGAUCUGAUCCUGGCAUAUUCUGUUUCUGAUAUUUCUGCUCAAAGAGGAAUAAAAAUGAAACAUGGAUGAAUAUGGAGAGGAAUGAAAAGAUACCUGAAUGUAGUUUGAAUUGAAGGAGGGAUGUUUUAGUACAGGUCCUGAAAGGCACCUUCACCUAUAUCAUAUUAAUAUACAGUGUAUCCAAUGCCUUCCUGCAGCUUGAUUGUCUGGCUCUAGGUCUCCAUAUCAUUAGAACAUUUUUGGUCAUAUGCUCAAAAAUUCAUGUUGCCUUUAGCUAUUAGCUUCCAAUAUUUGGCCCCUCAGUAUCAUGGACAUUGUGAAAACUGUCAUUGUUACAGCUAGAAAGGAGGUUCUGGUACUUCAACAAAAAAAUAAGGAGUUCAGAGUUGCCUAUUCCUGACCGAGGAGAAGCAGAGAACCUUGUGAGAUGGAACCUCAUUAUAUACUCUGAGUUACAUCUAGUCCUUAUUUGUAUUAUACAUUAUUGCUUUAAUAUAAAUAUAUAUAUAUAUAUAUAUAUAUAUAUAUAUAUAUAUAUAUAUAUAUAUAUAGUUUGCUUGUUUAUGUUACAUGUACUGCUGACUUGAAUUAAAAUCUAUGGGGAAACUAAGUUGUUUGUUCCCAUUUUCUGUUGAAUGGUGUAUUAUUUAAUAUACUGUAUAGAGUUAUUUACUAAAACUUGAAUUUAUCUCAUCUUUUUAUUUAACCAAGCUCGGCCAAGCUCCCAUCCACGACUUUAACUUAUUUAUCAAUAAAAUAACUCGAAAAAGUCGGGUCAGGGAUAGACUGGAUAAAGUCAAUUGAAAACUCGAAUUGUACACAUUUUUUCGUUUGACUCCUGAAUCACUAGAUUUUUUCGGGUUAUUGCCCAAAAACCCAGAAUUAUUCGGAAU